CAUCGAAACGGGACUUCGACACGGCCUCCUCCGCCCCAUCUCGAUCCUUCGCCUCUUCCUUCGUCUUCUUCUUCUUCUUGGAGGUGGUGAGGGGGAGAGGAGGAGGAGGAGGAGCAUCAUGUCGGUGCUUCCGGACGAGAUAUGGUCCCUAAUCCUGGAGAUGGGUACUGCCUUCGGCCGCCUCACCUACCGCGACCUCUGCGCCCUCGCCAUCGCCUCCCGCCGCCUCAACCGCCUCGCCCGGGACCCCGCCCUCUGGGCCACCCUUCUCGCCCUCGACUUUCCCGCUGGCCGACAUGAACCCCACGACAAGGCCACUUCGGUCAAAUCCCUCUACCGGAUCAGGUUCGAGAGGGACAAGGCGAGGCAGCUCGCCGCCGCGAGGCGCGCGGUGCUCUAUGCGCAGAGUCGUGUGGCUGCUUCACGGAAGAGGCUGGAGGAGUUGGAAUCGUCGUUGGCCCGCGAGGGCAAGAGGCUGAAGGCCGCUGUAUCUGAGUUAGCUGAUUUGGAGAGAGCAAGGACUGCAUCUGUUGCUCUAAAUGUAUGGCAGCCACAUGUAGUUCGUGGGAGACAAAAGCAGAUAGUUGAGCAGUGCACUGUACCAGUUGAAUCUCGCCUUGGUGCUUUAAAGAUGGAAAUUAAAGUUUGUAAGCAACAGAUUGCUAUUUUUAACAAGGCCUAUAAUGAGGAGAAGAAAAAGCUGAGUGAGUACAACGAAGCACUGACUUCACUGAAGUAUCACCCCCUAAGAAGUAAUUUUGAUUCGACCAUCAGACAUUCUAACAAGCGAAAAAGGCUCAAGCAAAGUAGUGACUUGAAAUAUGGUGAUGGUCCAGUUGAGCAGGAAAGGGUAGAGAGCCUCCCUAACAAAAGCAUUUAGCUUGGCUUGGACAACUAUUGAACCGCACAGUUGGCCUCUUCAAGUUUGAGUUGUACUAACCUGCCCGCAAGAUCUGCUAUGAAGUCGCAGCUUGAUUACUGUCCGCCUAGAUUCUGGAAGCCUGCUACGAAGUUGCAGCUGGGUGC